CUUCUCUCCAGUCUCAUAGUCAGCAAUGUCGGGCCGCGGCAAGGGCGGGAAGGGCUUGGGCAAGGGCGGCGCCAAGCGCCACCGCAAGGUCCUCCGCGACAACAUCCAGGGCAUCACCAAGCCGGCCAUCCGGCGCCUGGCUCGCCGCGGCGGCGUGAAGCGCAUCUCCGGCCUCAUCUACGAGGAGACCCGCGGCGUGCUCAAGAUCUUCCUCGAGAACGUCAUCCGCGACGCCGUCACCUACACCGAGCACGCCCGCCGCAAGACCGUCACCGCCAUGGACGUCGUCUACGCGCUCAAGCGCCAGGGACGCACCCUCUACGGCUUCGGCGGCUGAGCUCGGUGGAUCUCUUUAGCUGGGUCGGCAUGUGCCUAUAGUUCUUACGGUUUCGAUUGGUUGCGUGAAUGUAGUCUGUAGUGGAAUCUGUUGCAUAUGGAUGGAUGAUGAGUGAUUGAAUGGAUAACUGCUGUUGGAUAGUCGAUCUGGUGUCUUUGCAAUCUGUUUAUGAAGAAA